GGGGUGUGUGCGAGGAGCUCCGCUUCGCUCCAGAGGUGCGACGGAACGCGAGGAAACACUAAGAUGCGCGGCUGAACAGAGGAGCGCGUCCCAUCUUCAUCGCUCAUGGUCUCAUGACAGAUUCGUCUAACCCCCCCCCCCCUCCCGUUUACGCAGUGGUGAGUCACUGGAGUUCGGGGCAGCAGACCGGCGUGGCUUCCGCAACCCACCACAGGCUGACAUACAGUCCUUAUCCAGACUGAUAGGGCUUCUUGGCCUAACUUGCCAACAGCAGCAGUGCCCUUCCUCCACACAAAGAGGAAACUGCGUGUCAUCAUCCUCCUGCUCAGGUCUUCUAGCUGCCUUACAACGUACUCAACAAGGGCAGUGCCAUGUCCCCCUUCCUGAGAAUCGGUUUGUCAAAUUUCGAAAUGGACCCUGGACUGCCGCAAUAUGAGGAGAACAUCAACCCCUACUGUGCAGUCUACAUAAAGGAGGCGGUGGAAACAGAAAAGGGACAGGUGUACAAACAGAAGAAGCCCACCAUGUACCCCCCGUGGAGCACCACCUUCGAUGCCCACGUCCACAAGGGCCGUGUGAUGCACGUGGUCGUCACGGACAAGACCGCCCAGUUCAAGUCUGAAGCAACCGUGCAGCUGGACACACUUGCCACGCGAUGCAAGAGGGAGAACGGCAAGCUAGAGAUCUGGGUAGAACUGAAGCCACUCGGUCGCUUGCUAAUAGAGGCUCGGUACUUCCUGGAGAAGAGCGAUGCUACAGGACAGAGCAAGGGUGAGGGUGAAGUUGAUGGCGAGAGACCCUUCGCCCUGCACCAGCGCCGAGGUGCUAUCAAGCAGGCGAAGAUCCAUGUGGUCAAGUGCCAUGAGUUCACAGCCACCUUCUUUCCCCAGCCCACUUUCUGCUCUGUCUGCAAGGAAUUUGUGUGGGGUCUCAACAAACAAGGCUACCAGUGCAGACAGUGCAAUGCAGCCAUACAUAAGAAAUGCAUUGACAAGGUGAUCGCCAAGUGCACAGGAUCAGCUGUCAACAGCAAGGAGACCAUGAUCCACAAAGAGCGGUUUAAGAUCGACAUGCCGCACAGGUUUAAAGUGUACAACUACAAGAGCCCCACUUUUUGUGAACACUGUGGCACUUUGCUGUGGGGUCUGGCGAGGCAGGGCCUAAAGUGUGAAGAGUGUGGCAUGAAUAUUCAUCACAAGUGCCAGACAAAAGUGGCCAAUCUUUGUGGUGUUAACCAGAAGCUGAUGGCUGAGGCACUGGCCACGAUUGAGAGCACUCAGCAGGCCAAAAACUCCCGCGACAAUGAUGUUUUUGGGAGACAGGCUCCAUUGGCGAUCAGCACGCCAGGAACCAGAGAGAUGCUGGAAACCCCUUCAAGACUCCCAAGGCCAGCAUCAGGCCGGAAAGACCCUCAAGGGAUCUCCUGGGAUGGCCCCAUGGAAGGAGAGCAGUCAACCCCCAAAAUACAGGACCCCCUCUAUGCUGUGCCACAAAAGGAUGUGCAUAAGUUCACCAUUGACAACUUCAUCCUACACAAAAUGCUUGGGAAGGGCAGCUUUGGAAAGGUUUUUUUGGCAGAACUCAAGUUGACCAAUCAGUUCUUUGCUGUGAAAGCACUAAAGAAAGAUGUGGUUUUGAUGGAUGAUGAUGUUGAAUGUACCAUGGUGGAGAAGAGGGUCCUGUCUCUAGCUUGGGAGCAUCCAUACCUAACACACCUGUACUGCACCUUUCAAACCAAGGAAAACCUCUUCUUUGUGAUGGAAUAUUUGAAUGGUGGUGACUUGAUGUUCCAUAUACAAAACUGUCAGAAGUUUGACUUGCCAAGAUCAACGUUCUAUGCUGCUGAAAUAAUAUGUGGUUUACAGUUCCUGCACUCAAAAGGCAUCAUAUACAGAGACCUGAAGCUGGAUAAUGUGCUGCUGGAUUCUGAAGGACACAUCAAGAUCGCUGACUUUGGGAUGUGCAAGGAGAAUAUGCAAGGAGAUUCCAGAACGUCUACUUUCUGUGGAACACCGGACUACAUUGCACCUGAGAUCCUCCUAGGACAAAAGUAUGGCUUCUCAGUGGACUGGUGGUCCUUUGGAGUCCUGCUGUAUGAGAUGCUGAUUGGACAGUCUCCCUUCCAUGGACAAGAUGAAGAAGAGUUGUUUCAAUCUGUCCGCACAGAUGACCCCAUCUACCCCAGAUGGCUUCCCAAGGAUGCCCAUGACAUCCUGGUUAAGCUUUUUGUGCGGGAGCCAGAGCGAAGGUUAGGGGUGAAGGGCAACAUCCGGCUUCACUCUUUUUUCCGGGACAUGGACUGGAUUGCUCUUGAAGGCCGGCAGGUGCAGCCGCCAUUUAAACCAGUUGUGAAAUCAGCAAGUGACUGCAGUAAUUUUGACCGGGAGUUCAUUAACGAGAAGCCACGGCUGUCAUGUGCAGACCGGACCCUCAUCAACAGCGUGGACCAGACAAUGUUCUGCGACUUCUCCUUUGUCAACCCCAGAAUGGACCGCAUCAAGGGUCCCUGAUCACCCAGAGCAUUAAUAAUUGGUCACCAGUUCAAGUAGGCCUAUCCAGUAGUGGAUAGCAGCAGUCAGCAACGAUCAGUGAGGAAGGUUCAACAGUAUGAUGGACUCAGAUUAGUGUCAGAGGCGCACACACACACACACACACACACACACACACACACACACACACA